AUGCAGGACCUCGCAGGCUUGGGGAUCGAGACGGUGCAACUAGAUGUGACGUCCACAGCCUCCAUUCAAGAAGCCGUCAGCACAGUCAUUGCCAAGGCGGGCAGAAUAGACAUACUGGUGAAUAACGCGGGUGCGGGAUGUUUCGGCCCCAUGGCGGAGAUGCCUCUGGAUUCAUUCCGCAGCAACAUGGAAACUAAUGUGGUCGGCUUGCUGGCCGUCACUCAGGCGGUGGUGCCGCACAUGGUGGAGCAGGGCAGUGGCAAGGUCGUGAACAUAGGGUCGGUUUCAGCAUGGGUCACAACGCCCUUCGCUGGCACCUACUGUGCGGCCAAGGCAGCAGUGCACAGCAUCUCUCACGCGCUCAGAAUGGAGCUGAAACCGUUUGGCAUCCAAGUCAUGCUCGUUGCUCCGGGCGCCAUCAGGUCCAACUUUGGUGGCAAUUCUUCUUCUUCUGUCUCCCACCUGCGUCUCAAGAUAUUCUCCCGCUUCCAGCAGCAGAUAGAGGCCAGGGCAGGGGCCUCGCAAACCCCCCAGUCCACGCCAGGAGACGUGUUCGCCAGGGCUCUAGUGGAGAAAGCCAUGGGCAAGAAGGUACCCAUAGAGUGGGCGUUUGGGCACCUGGUGGGGUCAUUUCACUCUCAGCAGCGCGCCCCAGACUCUCAGCAGCGCGCCCCAGACUCUCAGCAGCGCGCCCCAGACUCUCAGCAGCGCGCCCCAGACUCUCAGCAGCGCGCCCCAGACUCUCAGCAGCGCGCCCCAGACUCUCAGCAGCGCGCCCCAGACUCUCAGCAGCGCGCCCCAGACUCUCAGCAGCGCGCCCCAGACUCUCAGCAGCGCGCCCCAGACUCUCAGCAGCGCGCCCCAGACUCUCAGCAGCGCGCCCCAGACUCUCAGCAGCGCGCCCCAGACUCUCAGCAGCGCGCCCCAGACUCUCAGCAGCGCGCCCCAGACUCUCAGCAGCGCGCCCCAGACUCUCAGCAGCGCGCCCCAGACUCUCAGCAGCGCGCCCCAGACUCUCAGCAGCGCGCCCCAGACUCUCAGCAGCGCGCCCAAGAGCUUCUUCGACAAAAAGCCAUGGCUCAUUCCUCUGUCGCUGUGAAAGCCGCGCCGUCCCUCGGCAGCGCACGCACGCGCUUCCCCAAGUCCUGCUCGACUGGUUCCAUGAAUCGCGGAGCUGCCUCAUCAUCGUCUACCAUGCUGUCCCCGCUCGCUUCCCCGCUCGUGUCCCCAUUCGCCUCCUUCGCCUCGCCUUUCGCCUCCCCAUUCGCCUCCCCUUUCGCCUCCCCAUUCGCCGCUUCCUUCGCUGCUGGGGAGAUCUUCCGCUCUUUGAAACCGGAUUUGCCAACACCCAAGACCUUAAGUCACGCCAGCGUGAAUUUUGGAGCCACGCCUGCCGAGGCUGCUUCCAUCGGCGCGGCAGGGGAAGAAGCGCCAUUGAAUGGCGUGGGCGCGGGCGCUGCGGGAAAGGACGUGGUGGGAAAGGGCGCAACAGGCAAGGGCUCAACGGGCAAGGGCGCUGAAGGCAAGGGCGGAGCGGGAGCUAAGGGCGCGCCGCGAAAGGACGUGGCAGGCAAGGGAGCGGAAUUCAAGGGUGCGGUGGAGGGAAAGGGCGCAACGGGCGCUGGCGCAGCGGGUAAGGGUGCGCCGAAGAAGGGCGCAGCGGGCAAGGGUGCGGCAGGAAAGGGCGCGGCUGAGGUCGCACCGAAAAAUGUGAUCGGCGCACCGAAGAAGGUCGCAGCCAAUGGCGCGGCGGGAAUGGUCGCACCGAACAAGGGCGCGGCGGCGACGAACGGCGCGGAUAACAAGGGCGCGGGCGGCAAGGGAGCGGCCGGCAAGGGCGCGACAGGCAAGGGAGCGGCCGGCAAGGUCGCGGCGGGCAAGGGCGCAGCCGGAAAGUUCGUGCCGAGCGAGUCGAACAAGGCCGCAACAGCGACUCACAGCGCCUCGAAUCAGCCUGCUGCUGCAAUGAUGGGAGCGAGCAACAAACUCGUGCGACCUCACAUGGCAACGGCCGAGGAUGUGGCGAUCCAUGGCGCUAAGACUGCAUCAGACGGCAAUGCAGCAAUCGCCCCGUCGAACGCACAAUCUCCGCGCCAACACGACGCGCGCCCUCACGUGGCGACGGCUGAGGACGUGGCAAUCCACGCCGUCCGUCCUCACAUGGCAACGGCUGAGGACGUGGCGAUCCACGGUGGCGCUGAGACGACAUCAGACAACGCGACACUUGCCCCGUCAAGCCGCGCACCCGCCGUGCGUCCUCACAUGGCAACGGCUGAGGACGUGGCGAUCGUUCCCCGGGCGGCGGCACCGGCGGCGGCGCCGGCGAGUCACAGCGCUGAGAAUCUGCCUGCUGCUGCGAAGAUGGAAACGAGCAACAAACCCGUGCGUCCUCACAUGGCGACGGCUGAGGACGUGGCGAUAGUUCACCCGGGAUCAGCAAAGGCGACGGCGGAAGGCGCAACAGUGGCUCCGAUGCGAGCGGGGGAGGGAAAGGCGCGUCCUCACAUGGCGACAGCUGAGGACGUGGCGAUCCGCACUGGGUUGCACAAGGCACAGCAGUUUCGCAUGGCGACUAGCAGCGAUGUGCUCAUUCGCAUAAGUGGGACCCAGGGCACCGUCAAGGGAGCACCCUCUCGCUUUUCUCGCCCCAGCAACAACAAUGGCUGGGAGUUUGAGGACAAUCAGCGCAACGGGUUCCACAAGGCACAGCAGUUUCGCAUGGCAACGAGCAGCGAUGUGGCCAUUCACAGGAGCGGGAUUCAAGGCGCGAACCGUGGUGUGAACUACGGGAGUGGGCUCGACAAGGCACCGCAGUUUCACAUGGCGACAGCCAGGGAUGUGGCCAUCCACAGGAGCGGUGGUGUGAACCGCGGUGUGAGCUAUGGGAAUGGGCUGAACAAGACACCGCAUUUUCGCAUGGCGACAAGCAGCGAUGUGGCCAUUACUCACAGGAGCGGGACUCAAGGCGAGAGCCGUGGUGUGAACUAUGGGAGUGAGCGGCUGGGUUCUCUUGCUUUUGCACAAGCUGACGGCGGCGACUGCGAUGGUGACAACAACGGCGACAACGGCGGGGAUAAUGGAACUGGUGGUGACAACGGCGUUGACAAUGGCAGCGGCAGCGAUGGAGGAGGAGGGCCGAUAGAUAUCGACGCGAUCCUGGAGGUGCACAACGCAGCGCGGCGGGAGGUGGGGGUGGCGGACCUGGCGUGGGACGACGGCGUGGCAGCAGCAGCGCAGGAGUGGGCGGACCAGCUGGCGGGCGCGGGGUGCCCGCUGCAGCAUGGCGGCGCAGAGGGGCUCGGGCAGAACCUGUACUGGCGCUCGCCGGCAGCGCUGACCCCCGAGGAGGAUCGCAUGGCGGUGCAGGCGUGGGUGGAUGAGAAGGCGGAUUGGACUCCCAGCCCGGUGCCCAAGGGGUGUGUGGAGGGGCGGAUGUGCGGGCAUUACACGCAGGUGGUGUGGGCGGGAACGACCCAUGUGGGGUGUGCGUCGGCGCAAUGCCCUGAUGGGGGUGGCAUGUGGGUGUGUGAUUACUCGCCCCAGGGGAACAUCAUUUGGUCCACUCCGUUUUAG